UAUAUGUUAAUUUCAAAAAUACAAUUAUCAAAUUUAAAUAAUUUAUCUUGUUAUAAAAAUAAUAUAAAUGUUGGUAUAAUUGGUGGAGGAAUGACCUCAAUUUACACAGCAAUUAUAUUAAAACAAUUAAAACACAUAAAUACAAUAAAUAUUAUUGACACAAAAGAUUGUUUAUCAGGUGAUGUUGUUGAUGCCAGUAACAUAGACACAUCAGCAAAGAUUAAAUAUUAUAAAAUUCAAGAUUUUAAUGAAGCUGUAUCAAAAACAAAUAUAAUUGCAUUGAUGGACAAUGUAGACAGUAGAAUAAGUACCAAUGAUCCAAAAGAACAAUUUUCGAUGAUUUCAAAUUACAUCAGGGACAUUGCUAAGAAAUUGGUGAUGACAUGUCCAUCAGCAAUUUUUGUUGUAUUUGCUCGUCCAGUGACAUCAACACUGCCACUUGUAUCAGAAAUAUUUCGUAGAUAUGGACAAUGGAAUCCUAGUAAAGUUAUUGGAUCAGUUGGUAUUGAUAAAAUGAGAAUUGAAGCAAUGGCUGGUAAUUUAUUUGACUUGGAUCCAGCUUUUAUUUCAAUUCCAAUUGUUGGAGGUGCUGAUCCAACGACAAUUGUACCAUUAAUAACAAGAGCACAAUCAUUAAAUCAAAUAUCACGAGAACAUGAAAGACAAUUAAUAAAUCAACUUAAAACAGCUGAUAUUGAUCUGGAAGAAACAAAUGGUAAUUUUAAUGGACCAUCAAUGUCAUCUGGAGUAUCUAGUGCAAAAUUAAUAUCACAAAUUGCUCAAGCAUUAACUGGAAAAACAAAUAUCAUUAACAGUAUUUACAUACGUUCAAAUAUCAUGCCAUUUUGUAGAUUUUUUACUCAUGAAGUUAAACUUGGUGUUCAUGGUGUUGAAAAUAAAUUACCAUUACCAAAAGUAUCACCAUUGGCACUUGAACUCAUUGAACAAGCUGUCCUAAAUAUAAAUGAACAAUGUAAACAUGUCAAUGAUUAUUUGGAUAAUGAACACAUUGAUAUUACUGAUAAAUCAUGUGAAAAUUUAACUUGUAAAUUAAAAGAAUAAAAUAAUUAAUAAUAAAUAAAUUUUUUAAA